AUGGAGAUCUCGUCCAGCGCAGUGUUCCAAAAGUUUGAGGAAUAUGAAGCCUACGAGAACCUUGAUUUAGUACACUACAGCGCUGAUAUUGUGAGAGAAAGAUUCAACAGGGGUGUUCUCAACAAGAAUAUGAUUCUCGAGAGGUACACUGAGCAAGCGAGGUCCAGUCUUGCAAAAUUGCUCCACGGCAUAGAGCAGUGCUUCGAGGAGGCCUCUGGCGCAUCAGGCAGGCGACUCUCCACAAAAGAGCCAGACGAACAUGCCGUCGCCGUACUGUGCAGGCUCAUCAACUUUCACGCCUCGUUCCCCUUCCCGCCCGUGUGGACAAGCGGAGAUGGCGCCGCCACGCCUGUCAUCGACAAGGCGGCGUUCGUCCGGGCCCUUUCCCUCCUCACACUUCACCCGCCCCCACCACACACACCACCCCUCGCCCAGCAAGCCACGCACGGCACGAGCACAGGCAGCGACCCCAACGCCCUAACCUGCACCCUGCACUUCACCACCAAGGGCGGAAAAGGCUGGUCGUCAACCCCAAGCCCAUGCCCGGCGCAGCUGGACGAUCUCGACUGGGACCCCGAGGCAGGCCAGGUCUGCUACGUAGCCCACGAGGACGAGCGCAGUGUCGACGUCCUCGAUAGGCUGAUGAGGAGGCCGAACCGUGAUGCGUUCGAGGUUGGGCCCCGCCGAACCUGCCUCGGUGCGCCGCUGGACGUUGGUAUCAAGGACAAUGUUUCUCUCACCUGGGAAGCGUUCGACCACAGUCUAUCCGUUGAGGGACACAUCGCUUCUGUUGCCGACUCUCUCGACGACAAGAUCGCUUCCUUAUUCCAGCAUUAG